CUCCCGUGCUGGAAACGCGAGCAGGGAGCGGGGCAGAGCCGUGCAGCCGCGGGAGACGACAGCGCCCGAGCCCGCAGCCAUGGCACCCCGGAUCAGACUGAGCCUUUCAAAGCCUCUCCCAACCAUACGGGAAACGCACGAGGAAGCGAUGGAGGAUCCCAGCAGCAACCCCAAGUGUGCUGGCAGUGCUGCAGCCAGCCCAGACUCCUACUCCAGUGAUGACUACAUCCAAUCCAUCUGCCACCUCGCCAGACCCACCUUCCCAGCCCUUCUGGAAAGCAGACGUAAGGGUAAGGACAGAAAGACCCUGAAGACCCUCGAGGAUGUGUCAGGUUCUCCACCGCUUGUGGGGACACAGCAGGAAAGGUCAAAAUGUAAAUUGACCAAUUUCAUCUCUAGUGUGGUGCCACUGGGAAAAGUCCCACCUGCAGAAACCAACUUUUGGUCCAGAGAGGACCCCCUGGAACAAAUUUACACCAAUACAGGAAAUCUUUGCUCCUCCAAUGCUUCUUCCUAUGGUGAAAGUGCCAGCACUGGUUACUCACAAUGCAACUCUUCUGCCCCAGAUGGUGACCUUCAUCCCACAAACCAGGAAAUAAAAAACACAGGGAAAACCAGUUUUCCACGAGUGUUCAGUUUUCCAAGGCUUCCCUCCCCAAGACCAGUUCAGAAAGAAGCAGUAUGCCCAGAGCUGAGGUAUCUCAGAAGGGAUGAGGGAACAGUUUUAGGGAAUAACCACGGUCAGAAGGAAAACGGCCCCAUGUUCAUUAACACUGAAGAGCAAUUGGCACCCUCAGCCAGAGGGAAGGUGGCAGGAAACCCAGCCCUGCCCUGCUCUGUAGGAAGGCAGAAUUUGUUCAAUACUGCAGGCAUUGAUGAAAAAGAAGGAAGAAAAACUUCUCACUGUGACAAAAAUGUCAUGGGUGAUGUUCCCACUAGGCAGAGAUACUUCGAGUCUUUCCAGGUACCUAAAAAAGCCACCAUCCAUAACUGGAUUUCAGAGCACAGAUGCAUCUGGAAAGAAGCAAAGAUAAAAGCUUGUUUGCUCCCAGCCAUUGCUGAAGUGUGAAGAAGUAGCUGCUUAGAAUAAUUUUAUUCACAAGAUAUAACCACCCUGUGCUCUAGCAGCUCUCCCUGGAGUCCUCACACAGAAAACAUGGCUUGAACAUGCAUGCGAGUCAGGCAGACUCUUGUGAUCCAUCAUAUCCCUCAUCCGUGGGCAAAGGGACAAUUCAGGGUCUCAUCUGCUAAGGAAACAGCAAUCAGUUUUCAUUUUGGAAAGGCAACAGUUCAUAAAGCAUCUCCUCCCACAUACUGCCUAGAACUGCCCUGAGCAUGAAGAAAAGCUGGAGAGAGCUGAAGAGAACACAAAUCCCAUCUGUGCUGGAGAAGAAGUGGGAACAUUGAAAUACCAGUGCUUCCCAGCCAGUGCCAAGCAGGCAGAUGUUGCUGACACUUGAGUUCAGUUAUUCAAAAAAGAACCCUUUGCCCAAGACUCGGACAGUAGGAAAUGCACUCUCUCUGACACACACACAUUUGCUGGGAGACCCAACACAGAUCCCUGCCUCAGCACCAGGAUCCCACUGGAGAGGUCACCCAUUAGAGCAGUAGCAUA